CAUUGAAUGUUUGUUCUACUGCAAGUGCAAUUAACCAACUUUAUCCGACAAAUAAGAAAGAAGUGAGAACUCUUAGACACUUCCUGAAGAAAACAUUGUAAAAUCCAUUCGAUCUUGAUCCUUAUACAAUUCCACAAUACCAAUACAACAUGAUAUUGAUGUAAUUCAGGUACUCAAGGUCAUCUGUCCUCAACCGAGAGAUGACUUGUAGUCCGACAUUUGCUCAUCAACAUGGUCUCAUCCCUCAGUUGAUUGUCUGUCAGCUCGAUCUAUGAAAGGGUUGAUCGAGAUGAUUAAACCUGGAACUAAGGCGGAGAGCAGGACCAAGAUAGAGAUCAAGUCUGGCCAAAAGCGGGUCAGAAAUGACAUCGUAGGAGUCUCUAAUACUAAAAGCACAUGCUGAUCAAGGAGCAUUGGAUUAUAGUUCCUGAGGACGAACGCACGAACAAACGCACUUGUUUAGAGCCAUGACUCUAAACCAACUUACCAAACGACAACAUAUCACUAUCAUUGGCAAACGAGAGCUAUUAAUGACUACUUGUUCAACUUCGAACCUGAAGAAUAUCAUCAAUUACCUAUUAUACUAUCGCACUACUUAUGAGGUCUCCGUACAGCAGUCAUUAUUCGGGAGAUGGAUUGCCUGGCUUACAACAUGUUACGAAAGACUCUCUUGGCCAUAUUCAUUCUUGCCUCUGUUGCGAGCGCUGACAUUCCCGGUGUCAGGCGAGAUGGUAGCGGUUUCCAUAUCGACUAUGGAACCAAGCUUUAUCCUUGCACUGUUGGCAAAAACUCGUGCAAGUCAGAUGGCCCAUGCCAAGCUCAUGAAAUGGCAACUUCCUUUUAUGCAUGUGGUGACUCGGGAUGGAGUGUGUGCACCGGAUUUUGCAGGGGUAGACCCUAGUCAAGGUCAUGGGGUGUAG